AUGGUGGUGGCAGUGCUGGUCGCGAUCCCGCUGCUGCUCCAAAGCUCCACGAUCUCCGCGCACUACGAGAUGAUGGGAACCUGCCGCAUGAUCUGCGACCCGUACAGCCCCAAAACGAGCGCCACAGCUCUCGAAGUCAUUCAGGAUAUCGGUGCUUUGCCUCCACCGCCUCCCCCAUCUUUUUCCCGCGGGACCAAAGGGGAGCCGGGCCGCCCAGGAAAGCCCGGACCGAGGGGUCCUCCCGGAGAACCGGGACCACCCGGACCGAGGGGGCCGCCCGGAGAGCGCGGGGACUCCGCCAAAAUCGGCUUCACCGGAGGUCCACAGGGAACAGCUCGGACUGACACUGGAGAACUUGGCUCUGCUUUUGGGAGCGUCAAGAUUGCGUUUUAUGUCGGGCUUAAGAACCCUCAUGAGGGUUAUGAAGUUCUGCGCUUUGAUGAUGUCGUAACAAAUUUAGGGAACCACUAUGAUCCCUCCACCGGCAAGUUCACCUGCCAAGUGUCUGGAAUCUACUUCUUCACAUAUCAUGUACUGAUGCGAGGGGGAGAUGGUACCAGCAUGUGGGCAGACCUCUGCAAAAACGGACAGGUACGUGCAAGUGCCAUUGCCCAGGAUGCUGACCAGAACUACGACUAUGCCAGCAAUAGUGUGGUGCUGCAUUUGGAUUCAGGUGAUGAGAUAUACAUUAAACUUGAUGGUGGUAAGGCACACGGCGGAAACAACAACAAAUACAGCACGUUUUCUGGAUUUAUACUUUACCCUGACUAAGAUGGGACACACAAUUUUUCUCUGAAUGGACUUUUACUUUUUGUUUUGGUAUACAAUGCAAUAUAUAAUUAUAGUGCUUCAUU